AUGGGUCAUAUUAGUGAUGAGGAUUGUGAUUUGGGAAGGGAAAAGGUUGAGCAACUCUCACAUAUUUACCGAACAUUGAUCUGCUUAAAAUGUAGGGUGUGGCAGUUUCCGGUAUUUACUCAUGUCGACGAGAAGAUUUUCUUACGAACAAAUGAAUUUCGAACCGUUUGCGGUGGAUUUAGUGAGCAAGGAUGUCGUCCACUUAAGCUACCCCAUGACGAUUUAUCUGAUUGGGUAAUACCCGAUCCUGAUUGGGAUCAGUUUUACCCGGCAUUAGAUAAACUUUUGGAUCGUUGCACUGCGUUGGCGGAUGUUACAGUGGGGAAUUUGGUUUGUGGUGCUGAGUCGUACACACCUGAUAAGAACUGUAUCAUUGGUGAGACUGCGCAGGUUCCGGGCUAUUUCGUGGCGACUGGUCUGAGUGGUCAAGGACUAGCAAUGGCCGGUGGUCUUGGUGAUGUUUUGGCUGACAUGGUGUGCGAUAUAUUGCCGCAAGUGGACGUGUCAAAGAUGGAUGCAAAACGUUUUCUCGAUUUACAUGCACAC